CCUGUUUGUUCAUUCUAUCUAUUCCCACCAUGGCGCAAGAGAAGGACAAGGACACGGCGACGCAGCUGGAGGAGAGGCUGUUCGCCGCGCAGCAGAGCACAGAGGCAGAGGUCAAGAUGUCUCUCUGGCAGGCCUUGAAGCUGUACCCCAAGGCCUCGCUGUGGAGUAUCCUGAUCUCGUUUGCCGUUGUGAUGGAGGGCUACGAUGUCAUUUUAAUGGGCUCCUUUUAUGCAUAUCCCAAUUUCACGAAGCGGUUCGGUGUCAAAGAUGCAGCCGGCGACUACGAGAUUCCGGCCCACUGGCAAGCGAGUCUAGGGAACAGUGGCAGUGUUGGCCAGAUUAUUGGAUUGAUGUUUAACGAGUGGGCCGCCGAGCGAUACGGAUAUAGGAUAGUGAUGAGCGGCGCCCUCAUCGCCACCAUGGGCUUCAUCUUCCUCUUCUUCUUCGCCACCAACCUGGAGAUGCUCCUCGCUGCGGAGAUCCUCUGCGGUAUUCCAUGGGGGAUCUUCCAAACGCUGACGACCUCGUAUGCCUGCGAAGUUGCCCCUGUGGCCCUGCGGGCGUAUCUAACCACCUGGGUGAAUGCCUGCUGGGGCAUCGGACAGCUUCUUUCCUGCGGCGUGCUGCGAGCUCUUCUAUAUCGAACAGAUCAAUGGGGGUGGCGCAUUCCAUUCGCCGUUCAGUGGGUCUGGCCCAUCCCUCUGCUGAUUAUCACGCUGCUCGCCCCCGAAUCCCCCUGGUGGCUCGUCCGCCACGGCCAUUACGAGCGUGCGAAACAGUCACUGCAGCGCUUGACUGAUGCCUCGUCUGUCGAGGGGUUCAACAUCGACAAUACCAUCCAGAUGAUGAUCCAUACGGAUGAACUUGAGCGGGAGGAACGAACCGGCUCCCGGUAUAUCGACUGCUUCCGAGGCAUCGAACUGCGCCGCACCGAGAUUGUGUGCAUGGUCUGGACGGUGCAGAACAUGUGUGGCUCGGCCUUCAUGUCGUACUCGACGUAUUUCUUCGAGCAGGCCGGCCUGCCAGACAGCGACUCGUACGAUCUGUCGAUGGGCCAGUACGCGAUCAACACGGCGGGCACGUUCGCCGUCUGGGGCCUGCUGAUGCUGGGGAUCAGCCGCCGGGGUAUGUAUCUGUGGGGAUGUGUCUUUAUGGGCAUCGCUCUCAUCAUCAUCGGCUGUGUCUCGUUGGACGACGCCAAAGCCGGCUCGUGGGCUGUCGGGGCGAUGCUCCUUGCCUGGAAUGUCGGCUAUCAAUUCAGCGUUGGAACCAUCGCGUUUUCCCUCGUUACGGAACUCUCCUCGCGCCGUCUCAUGGUCAAGGCGCUGAACAUCGGGCGAGCAGUGUACAACGUCGAGGGGUUGAUCCUCGGUGUUCUCACCCCGUACAUGCUAAACCCCACGGCCUGGAACUGGGGCGGCAAGACGGCCUUUUUCUGGGCGGGCUUCGAUGCCCUCUGCGUGGUCUGGAUCUAUUUCCGUCUGCCGGAUCCCACAGGCAUGACGUUUGCCGAAAUCGACAAGCGCUUCGAGAUGAAGAUCCCUGCGCGCCAGUUCAAGUCGGUCCAGGUCGACGAGUUUGAGGGCGAGCGCCAGCAGCUGGAGAAAGCCAGGGCGACGGAGAAUCCGUAGAUAUACGAUGUAUUCUCAGUAUUCUCAGUAGUCUUAGUAUCAAGUUAUACGUUAGCCUCAGGCAUUAAAUAUUGAUGCCUCAGGCAAGAAAUGCUUACGAAUGGUACGAUACUAAUUGGUAUGACU